GGUGUUGUUGAAGAAGACCCUCACUAUUUGGUUGCUGGUAAUAUAUACAUAUUUGUUUUUAAAUGUUCUAAAAUAAUGAGAACCAGACUAAUGUCCCAACUGAUUUGCAUUGCCUGUUAGCUUUAAAGAGGAAAUUUGCGCUCUCUUAAACGCAUCAGUCUAAUAAACUUGUUUUUACACAGUUCUUAGGAUUUGCGUUUCGGCUGCUUUACAAACUGGCACUUAAACUUGGGAAAUAGCUGCGUGGCUAGCUCACUAGCCUUCUCUCUGACUCGCAAUUUUUUAUAUAUAUAUUUACGUAUUUCGAAUUAAACGCAUAUAACGUAAUGUGAGGAGUUUUCUAAAAGUUUCUCUAAGUGCCAAAACUACUUCUGACUGGUGCACACGAGUGGCUGUUAAACCUGUCGGAGCUAGUCUUAAACUUACUUCAGCAAUAACCCGACUAGUUAGGGGAGUUUUAUACACCGCAUUCAAACCUUACAACAUCUGACAGAAAUGCGACUGAUAAGGGACCACUUAAAAUAAUCCCCGCUCAGUUAUCAGGCGGCUUUAAAUUGGACCGAACACUUUUAGCGUGCGGCCUGCUGGUCAGGCUUUCGCCGCAUUAAAUUUUAAGCUCACGCCGGUGUGGAGCGCGUUCAGGCCGGCUGCCUCCUUCAAUCACACUCCGGCCUGCCGACGAGCCAUGGAGAGAAUGGAAGUGGACCAGUGCGCAGGCGCAGCUGGAGGGAACGGGGGCGGGGCUUUACGGAGGUCCAACAGCGCCCCUAUGAUCACUAAUGUCAGUGAUGGAAUGACAGUAUUCAGCUCAAACACUUCAGCCAGAUAUCGUCGGAGCAGUGUGUCUGUAAACCCCAGCUGCCCCUCUAGGACCCUGCCGUUUUCUCCGUUCUCCUUGGGCAGCGAGAGACCAGAUCAAAGGCGGCAGAUGGAGAAUAUGGAACUCACUCUCAGAGGGAGCUUACAGAGACUCAGUGCCUCAGCUACAGUCCCCUCACCUCCUGGAACUCAUUGGCAUGGGCAUCUAUCACCAGAUUUCCAUUCCCAAGACUCUGGAGUCACUCCUAAUUCUUCCCCCAGUCCAACAAGAAGGUUCAGGGGGGGGUCAGUGAGCUCAUCGGUGAGAUGGCCAGUGGUUGCACCUUUAAAAAGAAAAGGUGGAGUGGAAUCCGACGGUCCACCUAAAAAGCUCUUUGUUGCUGGAGUUACAGAUCCUGCCCACAUAACUAGUUGCACUGUCAGUGUUUCCCAGUCAGUGGACUCUCCCCCAAGCGCUGUCCCCGUAUGUCCAAGCCCUCAGAACCUCGCGCUUUCUCCUCCCUCGCCGUUUACAUCCCAACACCCCAGCAUCUAGACCACAUCGGUUCAACUGGCAGAGUAGAGUAAGGACAACGUUUCCGUCUUUACGUUCGUCACGUCCUGAAUUCUGUCCAGAAUCUCGUCCUGAGAUCAGCUCUCCAUCUCACCACUUGGUGCUUUAAGGAAUGUAUUUAGUUCCACAUUAUUUGCAGAAAAAAAAAAAAAAAACCUUUCCGAGGGAACUUUUGAGGAAGGUUUUAUGUUGUAUGACUGAAGAUGAAAACGUGUCGAUACCAGGAAUGCUGCAGCGCUGCCCAGUAUCAUCGGACUUGUUAAUAGUUCAUUUGCACCAGGGCACCUUGCAUUUGUGAAAUUGUGUCAGGAUUUACAUUCAGCAGUCACGUUCAUGAUAGUGUUUUAGUGAGCACAGUCUAGUUGUCAUUUACACAUAAAGAUUGCCUGUGAGCAUGCACAGAGACGUCAAGUUUUAGCUUCACUGGCUUUAGUUUUCACCAGGCUCCGAACGUGCUUUUCUUAUUUCACCCACAGCAUUGAGGUCUUCCAAAAAGUACUUUAAAAAAAAAAAGAAGAUAAUUAGGAAGAUAUCCUUCGAUCAGUAGACACUUCAGGCCACAAAUGUGUUCAUGUGCCCUGUGUAUGUUUUAAAAGGUCGUUUUUGUGCAUUUUAUUUAUAUAUAUAUUAUAUAUACUUUCAACAGCCUUUGGAAUAACAGAAUGUCAGCCUGCUCUAAAGCGCCUUCAUUGUUUUUUUUUUCUGAUACAGAGGAAGAACAAUGGAAGCAAUUUUCUCAAAUAUUGCCGUUUGUGUGUGUGUAUAAAGCACGCCCAGAAAAUUUUGCAUCAUAUACCAGGUACACGUUUUAACUAGCAUUUACAAGUAAAAAAAAAAAUGUUGCCAUGUUUAUUUUCAGGCUGCAUUCACGUUGCAAAAGCACCCGUAUGACCCUAAGCUUGUCGUCGAGAAAUGAACACAGUUGAAGCUACACAAGCCAAUUGACUGUCAAAUUGUAUUACAGUUGUAUAGAUGAUUCCCCCCCGCACAGUGUUAGACAUUAUUAAUGUAAGUUUAAAUUGCAUUACACAAGUGGGAUCAUUUUUCCAUGUUUUGGUAGGGGUAUUGUAAAAAUAAACAGAUGUACAGUAUUGCUGAUGAGACUUUUUUGCUGACAAAUGCACUAAUGCUUUUCCAGAGCAGUCUGCGAGCAGGAGGAGGACUGUUACGGAUCACGUGCAUCAUACACUGACUGACUAGAAAACGUCACUAUUUGACCAUGUUACAUUUCAAACUAGCAUCUCAGCAGCUAAAUUCUGACCUAAUCUUUCAACUGCAGCGUUUUUCACUUUGCAACGAUAAGAAGGAUCUUUCGUGAAAGAUUUCUUUCAAUGUUCUUGUCUUUCUCAUUGUUUUAGCUUUAUUGCUGGUACAAUGAAAUGCCUUGUAAAGUAAUUCCAAAGACAUUUGCACAUAUUGUCAAAGUCUUCAGCUGUACAUGUUUAAAUUAAUACCAGUGGAUCGAAGUUGAGUCUUGAAAAGGAUUGUGCAAUAUAAAUUUAAGUACAUCGUGGAAUAGGAAAAGACUCAAUCAUUCCCCUCCCCCAUCACAUUCUGUGGCUUCUCUCUUUCCUUUAUUCUUUCCUAAAUGAACAUAUUGAUCAUUUAAAUGUAAAUGUAUUAUUUAUGUAAAGUCACAGAUGGUCAGUUUUGUUUAGAAAGCAUUUUUUCUAUAACUUGGACAGUUGGUUUUUUUGAAGUACAGACAUCACUUGAACAAUAUUUUUAUUUGUACAUUCUUGUCUUUUAUUUCUCUCACUUAAUUGGGAGGCUCACUAUUCGCAUCUUAUGCCCUUUUUUUUUUUUAAGGAUGAAGGACAAGUGUUAGUUACUGUUACAAAGCUGGAAUGCGAGGCUGGGAGUUGGGUAAAUUUUUGUAAGCACAUGGAGCAUUCUAUAAAAUGAGGAGGAAAAAAAACCCCCAAACAAACCAACAAAACACACAACUCUUGCCUCUUGCGUUGGAGAUGUAAAUAUGUUGUAGUCACAACAAGCAGAAGAGGAAGAUGUAUUUUUAUGAACUGUAAUAUAACGCAAUGAGGUAUAUAAAGGUAUAUUCAUUCCCUCUGA